CACUAGUAACUUAUUUAAUAGAUUGGUGGGCAAUAGCCCAUAGUUUAUAAAUUAUAAUGAACCAAAAUUCUAACUUAUCUCAUAUUCAUUCAAAAACUAACAUGAAUUUAGCAACAACCACCAUACAAAGAAUCAACUAUUUGUUAUCAGAACAACCAUCUAUUAGAUCAUUUCAAUGGAGUCCAAUUAUGUGGGGGUCAACAUGGUCAUUUCUCAUUAUCUCUAUUUCUUCCUAUAUUGUCACCUCCACCACCCUCCACCUUCUCCUCCUCGUCCUUAUACGGCGGGGUAGGCCUGUACCUCUAGGGCCCAUCCCCGCCCUCCAUAGCCUCGCUAUGUCGUUAAUCUCCGUCAUAAUAUUCCUAGGAAUGUUAUCCUCUGCAGUCGCGGAAAUUCGCGACACGCGUUGGAUAUGGCGGCGUUCGAAAACGCCGCUACAAUGGCUCUUAUGUUUUCCGAUUGGCACGCGCCCUUCUGGGCGCGUGUUCUUCUGGUCUUACGCUUUCUACCUCUCACGUUUCAUGCAUGUUUUACGUACAUUUUUCACCAUCUUACGACGUCGUAAUCUGUCGUUUUUCCAACUUUUUAAUCACUCCAUUCUCAUUUGUAUGUCAUUUUUAUGGCUUGAAUUUUCACAAUCUUUUCAAGUUAUAGCCAUUUUACUGAUGACGUUGGUAUUCGCGCUGGUUUACGCGUACCGUUUUUGGACGGAAAUCGGGCUCCGUAGAGCCCGAUUUCCGUUUGUGAUGAAUUGUCAUUUGGUAUUUUUGGGAUGUAAUUUGGCAUGUCAUAUUGGGGUACUUCUGUUGCACUUUUAUAAAGGGGGAUGUAAUGGAAUGGGAGCUUGGUUUUUUAAUUCAGUGCUUAAUGUAUUUGUGCUUUUGGUGUUUUUGAGAUCAUACAUAAAGACAUAUUAUUUGAUUAGAGAAAAUUAUUUUAAUGUUUCUGCUUCAUCAAUUUCUGAAGUUGAAGAUUUUGUAACUUCGCAAACAAGCAAUAAGCCUCUGAGUAAGAAGGAAAUGUAAGCAAUAUGGUUCUUUUGUUUUGUUGCAGUUCCUCCAUCCUUAAUCAAAGGUCUCGGCUUCAAGUUUCGGGAAUGUAAAAAAAUCUUAUUGGGAGUGCUUCUCCCUGAAUGGACCCUUCAACAUGUGAUCCGAAUAUAAUCGAGCUCCAAUACAAAUACCGCAUGCUGGGUGGAAACCAAAAAGAUAUGAUUCUUUUGUUUGUUAUGUACAUUUUUUGUUUGUGUAGUAGUAUCUCUUUUGUAUAUCCUCUUUUAAUGCUCUAGCAAGCUGGGUAAUUAAAAGAUUGUGAUUUAUCCAUUUCUUUCUCAUAUUGUCUUCUUCUUUAAUUCUUAUUGAAUAGGAUGUAGAUGUUUAGUUACAGGUUUAACUGAAUUCAAUAUUUUCAAAAUUGGAUGUUCAAAAGUAUACGCAUAGGCGAAGCUUGGAGGGCGCAAGGGUUUCAUCUGUAUAUAUAUUGUUAAGUCUUUUUUUGUGUAUGUAAUAUAUUAACACAUAUUGAACCA